CCUAAACCACCCCAUAGCACGCUCAAACUUACAGACUUCGCUCUGUGCAUUUGUCGAACCAAAACAAUGAUCAAUGAUCACCCAUCUGUAUUAAUGGAGUCUCUACCAACCUUGACGACGUCCAUUAAAUGCUCCAUCUUUAUAAACAGGCCUUCCUUCACACAUACUCCCAAAUUAUAAUUUCCAACAAAGCUGUCAAUGGCGUCCACUUCCACACCCAGCAGAACAACACCAUGGGCGGCGGCGCUGCUCCUUUCACUUCUGGCCAUCGCCAUUACUUCCGGUGAAGCUCAAGACUCCACCACCCUAGUUCCAGCCAUCAUUACUUUCGGUGACUCCGCUGUUGAUGUGGGUAAUAACGACUACCUCAACACCCUUUUCAAAGCUAAUUACCCACCCUACGGCCGCGACUUCGCCAAUCACCAACCCACCGGAAGGUUCUGCAAUGGCAAACUCGCCUCCGAUAUCACCGCUGAUACACUUGGAUUCAAAACAUACCCACCGGCGUAUCUCAGCCCUGAAGCUUCCGGAAAUAAUCUUCUCAUCGGAGCCAAUUUUGCGUCUGCCGGAGCUGGUUUGGAUGAUAGAACUUCCAUAGCGAGCCAUGCAAUUGCAUUAUCGCAACAAUUACAAUACUACAAAGAGUAUCAAGGUAAGCUAGCGCAGGUCGCCGGAAGUUCUAAAGCCGCCUCCAUAACUAAGGACGCUUUAUACUUACUUUCCGCCGGCAACACCGAUUACGUUCAGAACUAUUACGUCAACCCUUUCAUUAACAAAGUCUACACUGCCGACCAAUACGGAUCCUACCUCGUCGGAAUCUUUUCAAGCUUCGUCAAGGAUUUGUAUGGAUUAGGAGCAAGGAGAAUCGGAGUGACGUCACUCCCACCGCUUGGCUGCUUGCCGGCGGUGAGAACUUUGUUCGGAUCCCAUGAAAAGGGGUGUGUAAGCAAAAUCAACACAGAUGCUCAAUCGUUCAACAAGAAGAUAAAUUCAGCUGCAACCCAACUCGGAUCACAACUCCCAGGUCUCAAGAUUGUUAUCUUCGACAUCUUUCAACCACUCUACGACCUCAUCAAAGAUCCCGCCUCCCAUGGGUUUGUGGAGGCGUCGAGAGGAUGUUGUGGAACAGGAAGAGUGGAGACGACGGUGUUCUUAUGUAACCCUAAAUCGAUCGGGACAUGUCCAAAUGCGACUCAGUUUGUGUUCUGGGAUAGUUUUCAUCCAUCUGAAGCUGCUAAUCAAGUCCUUGCUGACACCUUAAUCGUCGCCGGAAUCGGCCUACUCGGUUAAUCAAAAUCGUCAUCGCACUUUUUUUCUUAUAAACUUUGUAUUACUUUCAUGUACACAAUGUUUCUAUAAUUCGAAAAGGGCAAAAUCAAGUUUCUAUUAUUACUAUUACUUCUGUUUUUCGUUAUGUCUGAAUUCAAAUCAUCGAUUACAACUUGUAUUCAAGAAUCCCAGAUUCAAUUUUACACGUAUUUGUUUCUAUUCAUUACAUGAUUUAGCAAAUCCGCAAUUGCAGGAGCUUGUUUUGGUUUCGUUUACUUGAUGAUGAUCAUCUCUCUGAACUUUAGUUUCCAAAUAUGGCUUCAAGUUUGGAGCUUUAUAAAAGAAGUUGAAGGGAAAAAGGGUCUGCAAUCUUCUCGCAUAUUCUUCUCUACUCAUAGCAACUGUCACUUUCAUGUACUUUCCAUGAUAACAAAAACCUGCAAAAAAACAAAACCAAGAUCACGUAAAUGAAAUCGUA